AUGCGCUACGCCGUCCUCGUCACCGGCCCCGCCGGCGCGGGCAAGAGCACCUUCUGCAAUGCGCUCAUCACGCACGCGCAGACGAUGAACAGGCAGGUGCACCUGGUCAACCUCGAUCCCGCAGCCGACAAGUUUGAGUACAAGCCUGUGCUCGACAUUCGCGACCUGAUCUCGCUCGAGGACGUCAUGGAGGAGCUCGAGUUUGGACCGAACGGUGGUCUUGUGUACUGCUUUGAAGGAGGAGAGCUUGGGGAAGGAGAGCAGAUGGCCCAGCUUCUCGUGCGUGGAUUUCGAGCUGACUCCAGGUAUCUCCUGAACAACCUGGACUGGCUCGAGGAGGAACUGGGCCAGUACGAGGACGAGUACCUCAUCAUCGACUGUCCAGGCCAGAUCGAGCUGUACACGAACAUCCCUCUGCUGCCGCAGCUUGCCAACUUCCUGCAACGGCGGCUGAACUACCGCGUGUCUGCCGUCUACCUCCUCGAGUCGCAGUUCAUCCAGGACAAGUCCAAGUUUUUUGCCGGCGUGCUCAGUGCCAUGUCGUGCAUGCUGUCGCUCGGCAUCAGCAUGCUCUGCCUGAUGAGCAAGAUGGACCUGAUCAAGGACGACAAGGGGCGCGUCAAGCGUGAAGUCGGGCGGUAUCUCGACCCCGACCCAGGGCUCAUUGACGAGGACACGCACUCCAAUGAGCGGUUCCACAACCUGAACAAGGCCCUCGUUGGGUUGAUUGAGGACCAGAACAUUGUCUCCUUCCUCCCGCUCGACGUCACGGACGAGGACAGCGUCAACACCGUGCUCUCCCAUGUCGACAACAUGAUGCAGUAUGGCGAGGCAAUCGAGCUGUACACGCACAUCCCUCUGCUGCCGCAGCUUGCCAACUUCCUGCAACGGCGGCUGAACUACCGCGUGUCUGCCGUCUACCUCCUCGAGUCGCAGUUCAUCCAGGACAAGUCCAAGUUUUUUGCCGGCGUGCUCAGUGCCAUGUCGUGCAUGCUGUCGCUCGGCAUCAGCAUGCUCUGCCUGAUGAGCAAGAUGGACCUGAUCAAGGACGACAAGGGGCGCGUCAAGCGUGAAGUCGGGCGGUAUCUCGACCCCGACCCAGGGCUCAUUGACGAGGACACGCACUCCAAUGAGCGGUUCCACAACCUGAACAAGGCCCUCGUUGGGUUGAUUGAGGACCAGAACAUUGUCUCCUUCCUCCCGCUCGACGUCACGGACGAGGACAGCGUCAACACCGUGCUCUCCCAUGUCGACAACAUGAUGCAGUAUGGCGAGGACGAGGAGCCCAAGAUGCCCAAGGACCUCGAGGAGGGGAUGGAUGAGUAA